CUGUGUUUUCCUACCGAAUUCCGUAAAAAUGUUGCCUUGAUCUCUAUUUCGCGUUGCUCUUGCCUUUAGUUGCUAAAUUUUAGUGCGUUUGCUUUGGUUGAUUUUGGGGUUUGUGUGAAAUGGGUUUCCUGUUUGUCUGCUGAAUUAAUUGUUUGUUAAAGUGAAUUACUUUGUGUGUUCCAUUUUAGCUGAAAAUUGAGGUUGAGUUCGUUUUUAUGUUUGAUAAUUUACCAUCUACUUUUCGUCAUAAAAUAAUAUUCAAUUGAUUCAGAUGCGUUGAAAUAGCAUGAUAUUCUACUUGAUCUGAGUGGCUGCCAAAGAUCAGAAACUGAAGAGAAUCAAUAUUUAACAAAGUGUGCAAGUAUUAGUGUAUUUUAGACUUCAUUAUCUAAGCUGAGCUUCACAUUGCGUUUUCUUUUUUUCUUUUUUUUUGAGAGAGAGAAUGGGAAGAAAAGUUGCAUUUGCGCUAUAAGUUGCUAUGGUUGGAGAUUCUUUCAUUCCACCAGUGUCUUUCUUUGGAUAGUAAGCUUGAGGGUGCAUGGUUUAGUGGGCUUUAGUUGGCAUUCGUACUAGCAGAUUCUUUUGCUGUGGAUCUUAGAUGGACGAUAGUAGGCACCCCGAAAAUGGAAGGCAUAAAGCACCUCAGCAGGGUCAGUGGUUGAUGCAGCAUCAUCCAUCAAUGAAGCAGAUAAUGGCUAUUAUGACUGAAAGAGAUGCUGCAAUCCAGGAAAAAAAUCUUGCGAUUUCUGAAAAAAAGGCGGCCGUAGCAGAGAGGGACAUGGCUAUUAUGCAGCGGGAUGCAGCGAUAGCUGAACGAAAUAAUGCCAUAAUGGAACGAGACAGCGCUAUUGCUACUCUUCAGUAUCGAGAAAAUGACAUCAACAACAACGGCAACAUAUCCCCUUGUCCGCCCGGAUGCCAAAUUCCCCGCGGAGUGAAGCAUAUGCAUCAUCCUCAGCAUCAGCACGUACAUCACCAAGCUCACAUGGUUGAAGCCCCGUACACGAGCAGGGAAAUUCAGAUACCCGAUGCGGUUCCAGUUUCGCCAGAGCCUGCAAAGCCCAGUCGUACAAAACGUGCUAAGGAGGCGAAACAAGCUGCACCUGCGAGGAAGGCUCCAAAGCCAACCAAAAAAAUUAAACAGGAAGAGGAUGAUCUCACUAAAUCUGAGUGGAAGGAUCAAGAUCUUGGUUUGAACCAGGUUGCCUUUGAUGAGUCGACCAUGCCCGUGCCAGUCUGUUCAUGCACUGGGGUCCUAAGGCCGUGCUACAAAUGGGGCAACGGUGGCUGGCAGUCACCGUGCUGCACAACCAAUUUGUCAAUGUAUCCACUCCCAGCUGUGCCUAACAAGCGACACGCCCGUGUUGGUGGAAGGAAGAUGAGUGGAAGUGCGUUCAACAAGCUACUUGGUCGACUUGCUGCUGAGGGGAUUGAUCUUUCCAACCCGGUUGAUCUCAAAGAACACUGGGCAAAGCACGGGACAAACCGCUACAUCACCAUCAAGUAAGUACUCUCAACAAGGAUUAAAAGGGAUUUCUCAAAAUGCUGCACAUCAUCACCAUCAAUGCUGGAGAGGUGUAUUUAAUAUCUGGCUUAGGUAAAUAGGAAGGUGUGCUACACUUGGUGUAAGAUUGAUGAUGCUUAUCGUGCCCGCCCAGUUCUCGUUGUGUAAUAAUGUGUAUGAGAAUGUUGAUGAGAGAUGGCAGAAGGGAUGUAAUUGUAAAGCAAGGAUCUAUGAAAAUGAUGUCUUAUUGUAUCAAAUCUAAGAGCAUUUCAUGAUGA